AUGUUCGAUACACUAGGCGCCCCAUUCCCACUCAACCUCAAGGCCUACCCCAACGAACCUCGAACCAGAACCCCCGGUGGGCCCCCUGGGCCCCUCGGGCUUCCCUGGGACCCAAGUGACAAGUCGUACCACAAAACGAUCCUCCAAACCACCACGAACCACCGGCGGGCAGAGCCCCACCACCACGGAACCACCAAACCACAAAACCAUCAAUACCCCGGACCCCCCGGCCUCGCCGGGAUCACAUCGACCCUCAAGGUCAAUCAACCCGGUCGUGGGCACCUCGGUCCUCUCGGAUUCCCCGGGACCCGAGUGGUAAGCCCCACCCCAAGCGACCCCCACCAACACGCCCACAACCACGACCAGCCUGGUCGGAAGAGCCCGCACCUCGGACCCCCGUUUCCGGAACCCGAGCGGUAA